GCGCCGAUCUUCUCUUCUGAGUUUUGCGGAACUCAUUUGGAGCGUAGGGAUUUUAGCCGGUAGUAUUUAAGAACAGUUUCAUUUCCGGUACCACCGGAAGCAGUUUGAUAAUGGCGUCCUUCUCGCUGAACGGGCCAGAUACAGCGGCUAGAAAAAGUGAAUUUCGUAACCGGAAGCCGAAGCCGAAGCUGGAGAACCAAGAUGAUUCAGAACUUCUCACUGUUCCUGAUGGGUGGAAGGAACCAGCUUUUUCCAAAGAGGACAAUCCCAGAGGACUCUUGGAGGAGAGCAGUUUUGCAACUUUGUUCCCCAAAUAUAGAGAGGCUUACUUGAAAGAGUGUUGGCCAUUGGUGCAGAAAGCCUUGAAUGAACAUCAUGUUAAUGCAACCCUGGACCUGAUUGAGGGCAGCAUGACUGUUUGUACUACAAAGAAGACUUUUGAUCCAUAUAUCAUCAUUAGGGCCAGGGACCUAAUAAAACUGCUAGCAAGGAGUGUUUCAUUUGAACAGGCAAUACGAAUUCUUCAGGAUGAUAUUGCAUGUGACAUCAUUAAAAUAGGUUCCUUAGUAAGAAAUAAGGAAAGAUUUGUAAAAAGAAGACAACGGCUUAUUGGCCCCAAAGGAUCUACAUUGAAGGCAUUGGAACUCUUAACAAACUGUUACAUUAUGGUUCAGGGAAACACGGUUUCAGCCAUUGGACCUUUUAGUGGCUUAAAAGAGGUUCGAAAAGUAGUUCUAGAUACUAUGAAGAAUAUUCAUCCAAUUUAUAACAUUAAAACCUUAAUGAUUAAGAGAGAAUUGGCAAAAGAUUCUGAAUUACGAUCACAGAGCUGGGAGAGAUUUUUGCCACAGUUCAAGCACAAAAAUUUGAAUAAACGCAAGGAACCAAAGAAAAAAACUGUUAAGAAAGAGUAUACACCAUUCCCUCCACCACAGCCAGAAAGUCAGAUUGACAAAGAACUGGCUAGUGGUGAAUACUUUUUGAAGGCGCAUCAGAAGAAGCGACAGAAAAUGGAAGCAGUAAAGGCUAAACAAGCAGAGGCUCUCAGUAAGAGACAAGAGGAAAGAAACAAAGCUUUCAUUCCACCUAAAGAAAAACAAGUUGUGAAAUCUAAGGAAGCUUCCACUGAAACUAAAAUUGAUGUGGCCACCAUCAAGGAAAAGGUCAAAAAAGCAAAGAAUAAGAAACUGGGAGCUCUUACAGCUGAAGAAGUUAAGCUUAAAAUGGAAGCAGAUGAAAAGAAAAAGAAAAAAAAGUAACAUACAAAAAACCCUCUGAACUAGAAUAUAUGAAGCUAUCUCCUUUUGUAAAGGAUUUUUGAGAUACAAUGGCAUUAGUUGCCUUAUCUGUGAGAAAUAAUGUUCUGAUCACUUUUUUUCUGAGUUUCUUUUGUUUAUAGAACAAUGUUCUUUAUAAAUAUAAAUUAUUGUAUUAUGUGUUUUUUGAAAAAUUUUGCACUAGAAAGUGGUGUAUAUGUGUUUGUAUACAUUGAUCAGCUUCAGGCAGGUUUUGCCUAAGUAUGAUUUUAGGAAUAAAUUUUUAGGUUUUUAAUCUAGAGAUUUUUGGAAUAUGACUAUUGUAAUUAUUUU